GAACGUGAAGACCGUCUCUCCUCUGCAUACCAUCUCUUCCAUGAUUUAGCGCUUGCAUAUAUGUAAAGGGUUGACAGGACCGUGUGAUGGCCACGACCUGCCAUGGUCGCCCUUGGAAUCUACGAUGUUUAUCAUAGCCAUUUCCCCGAGACGCAGUUUCGAGGGCUUUCAGUUGAUUGAUCGAUUUAAAAUACCACCGUAGUAUGUAUCCCAUUCUUGCUGCAUCGUUUCUCUCCUAUCCGCUACUCAUUAUUGUAUCGAUAAGACCCGAUAGAUGCGUCCGAACCGCACUAAUUCGUGCGGAAAAUGCAGCAGUUGCACCCCGCUCUACGGAGUGUCAUGUCAAUACAGGAGGGCGACGCAGACUGGUUACUUCGGACGUAUCCAGGACGGCGGUACAUAGCUACAUUUCCCUGCAGAGCAAGGCCAUAGGCCCAACCUCUGCACUCAGCAUCAACAGGCCUCAGUUGGGCGGUGCCGGAAGGACCGGACUAGCAGAAAAACAACAGAGAUCGAGGCCAGUGCACGUCCAUCCGGACUUUUGGGAUUUCAUAGAGCGGUAUACAGAGACACGUGCUCAAGACGGGAAGAGGAUAAGCGCCUCUGUGCGGAAGAAAUACAGUCAUUAAGCAUCUGCAUCCAGUAUAUCCAGCACUCUUCUUAGAUACUACGACCACAUGUCUAUGGUACACCAGAAUUAUGAUCUAUCAACUAUAUUAAGCUGUAUGAAGGUGUCG